AUGAACCACAAGCUCUUGUCCUUGGUUUUGGACGACAACAAUCCCCAGCACAACAGCAGUAGUACCACUGGUACAAGCAGCAGUCGCCACAACAAGGCAGACUUGGAUUCGCUCUUUACUUGUUGCAGUGAUUUGUACAGCAGUCCCUAUAAGACUGGGAGUAGCGCUCCGUUUAUUCAUCACUAUCGGCCGCAUCAAGAUCAACAAGAACGACUCGGCGGUGUCGAUCCACUCCGCUUGUAUUGUCAACAACAGAAUUCUCUAGUGAGUAGUGACGAUAGCGACAGUGACGUGGGCAUUACAACUACUACUAGUACGACAACAAUGACGGAUCCUUUGAAUGCAUCGGCGGAAGACGAUUUGGACGCGUUGUUGGCGCAGGCGGACUCGAUGAUUUCAGCGGCGUCUUCUGGUGGAAAUCCUUCCAUUGUCAUUGAUGGCUUUGCCAUUGACUCUGAUGAAGAAGAUGAGGACAACAACAACAAUAGUAAAGAUGGAAAAAUUGUAGACGUCUCGAUGGAUUCACCCAACAAUCUCCCUCGACAAGUCAACAACACUCCUACUACUGGUACAAUGGCACCCAAGGCACCCAUCAAACCAGGAGAAGAUCCUCUCCUACAUCCAUUGCACGAAGACGUGGUACACCAACACGCUACACCACAAAACACUUCCACUAGUACUGCCGCCUCGGCGUUUUCGGCCGCUUCCGUGACUACGGCAAUGCGCAAUCUGGGUGUCAAUGCCGACGCGGCAGCACUCGAAUCACAAUUCAAAGCACAAACAUCUCGAUUUGCGGCAAACGUGUCCUCCAUGGCACAACGAUUCGCACGAAACGGCAGUAGUGGCACGAACACGCCCAUGGGAAACAGUUUUGAAGCCAAUAUUCCUCCACCCAUGUCCGUGCCAUCACCCAACAGCGCUAUGCACAACAGCAACAACAACAGCAACAACAAUAGUCCCUACGCCAGUCAGUCCAAUAGUCUACACGGUACUACUCCUGUCAAUAAUGCUCCUGGAGGAGUCCCCAUGAUGAAUUUUGAAUUGGAUACCGAACAAAAGACGGCACUGGUCGAAUGGCAUGUCCGAAAACUAUUGCCAGGAGAACGUGUCAUUAUGUUUCUACACAAUUUAUUACACGUUUCCGAUUCCAGAGAAUCCUUUCAAUACGCCGCUCAACCGGGAUCGGCUGUUGUGUGGUGCUGUGCCAUGACGUACUAUCGAUUGAUUGUAUUUGGAACGACCCAAGAAGUCAUCAUGCAUGUCAUGAAUUCCGCCAAUAACGGAGCAACGGCACCCGGUGCCGAACGACCCACGCUAUUACAACAUCCCUUUACCGCCCCACAAAGCUGGAAUGCAUCGUGUUGGCCACCGGCGUUUGCCACGGUCAUGGAAGUCCCACUCGCAUCGAUGGAAAAGGUCGAAAAAACGGUCUACACGGCAGCGGCCGUUCAAGGAGCAUCGCCUCAUCAUCCCGGACGUCCCACGUCGUUAAUGGGAUUGCAAGUAUGGGCCAAGGAAGGACGCGUUUGGAGAAUCACCACGCCAUCGUAUGCCGAUACGCUCCGCGCUCAUCAGGCAUUGUUGACGUAUGCAUUUCCAGGAAGACGCAAUUUAGGAUAUCUCUUUGCCUUUGAAUCCAAACGAGCCGCGGUUGUCAAUAGCGUCGUGACGGAUCCAGCCACGGGACAGAAAACAGUCAGUUUGGCAUUGACGCGAAGACGAUUCGAUGCACUGGUCGAAUUUCAACGACAAUUCAAUAGUCGAGGGGCAUCGCCCGUUCAACCAUGGAAAAUUUGGACUCAAAUCAAUUCGCAAUAUCAACUCUGCAUGUCCUAUCCCAAUGUACUGGUGGGACCCGCGUCGCUCGAUGAACACAAUCCCGAUGCCGUGCGGCUCUUGCAAGCGUGUGCCGGAUUUCGAAGCGAACAACGAUUGCCGGCGUUGGCGUGGGGAUCGGGAAUUGACGGUGCGAGUAUUUGGAGAUGUUCUCAACCCAAAAUUGGAUUGCAAGGAAAUCGAAGCAGCGCCGAUGAAUUGGUCCUCAAACACAUUAUGGAAGCGGCCAAAUCGGCCAAUGCAUUACGGGAACAACCACUCCCCGUGCGGAUGGAUGCGCAUUUGCUACAAGUCUUUACCGGGGCGUCCGGUCAAGAUUUGGCCAAUACGCACUGGGUCAAGGAAUCCAAUUGUGCUCUAAAGAUUUUGGAUUUGCGACCACGCAGUGCUGCCAUGGCCAAUCGAACGGGUGGAUACGGCUACGAGAAUACAUCCAACUAUCCGGGAACAACGUUGCAGUUUUGCAACAUUGGAAACAUUCACGCCGUCCGUGAUGCCUAUCAAAAACUUACCGCGCUCUGCCUCAACAUGUCCAAUGCAUCGGAUAUCAAUUGGGGCUCGGCAUUGGAAGAUACCAAGUGGUUGUCUCAUAUUCGAAUCAUUUUGGCAGCCGCUUGGGAAACAGCCUUUUGGGUGCAAGUGCAUCGAAUGCCCGUAUUGUUGCACUGCAGUCAUGGAUGGGAUCGGACGUCACAGGUCAGUGCAUUGGCACAACUCAUGCUCGAUCCGUACUAUCGAACGUUGGAGGGAUUUGCCUGUCUCAUGGAGAAGGAUUUUAUGAGUUUUGGACACCCGUUUCAUACCCGCUGUGCACAUGGCGAGGGCAAGGGUGGAGCCGAAGGAGGUGGGGGUGUGCAUCAUCAAGACGGUUCUGGAAAGGGUCCCACGGCGGUGGGAAACAGCAGCGCACCGGAUGAAGGCCAGAUUUCUCCAGUAUUCCUCCAGUUCCUGGACUGCGUUUGGCAAAUUGUCCAGCAAUUUCCCGAGUGCUUUGAGUUUACCACUACCUACAUACUGGAAUUGAGCGAUCACAUUUAUUCGUGUCGGUUCGGGAACAUGCUCUGUGAUACCGAGCGAGAACGUGAGUUGGUGGCAGGUAUUCGGCAACGGACCUAUUCGGUGUGGGAUCACUUGGAACAAGAUCCCAACGAUCCAAACAGUGAUCCGGAGGCCAAGUUGUGGCGCAACCCGCACUACGAUCCAAGUCCCACGGCAGGAGGAGGCGUCUUGUUGAUGCCAAUGUCAACCUUGCUGCGAAAUGUUACGCUAUGGCGUGAGAGACAUGCUCGUUCGGGACCCAAGGCGACAAAACGAUGGCGAAACACAUUCACGUCCUAG